AUGACUGUCAAAGCAUUGGUGGUUCUGGCAGUUCCGUUGAAUAUAUGUGCUAAUGUGGUCAAAUGUAUUGACGCCCGUUACACGCUUUCGUCCACAAUGCCACUGUACGUUGGGGUUCAGUCUUUCCUUAUAUUUCUGGAAUUCCUUUUCGUCCUUAUAGUCUACAUCAGUGACAACACCUUCGCUAUCAGCUUUAUCUUUGAUAUCGCAUUUAUUACAUUCCUUACGGCUAAUAUGGAGCUUGUGGUGUAUCUUAUUGAUCGUAGUUUACGUGCUCUGGAUAGGGAGGAAGAUAAGAAAGAGCUGUAA